CAUGCAGCUCAAAAUAUUUAUUAUAUUAUAUAUAGGUCACUGUGCCAGCCAAAUCUUCUUCUUCAUCACUUCACCAAACCAAGGCCUUCUUAUUGCCUUAACAUGGAAAAGGAAGGGAGAAAGGUAGGGAAGAAAGCUACAGCAAGCAUGGGGCGCUCAAGAAAAGGGUGCAUGAAAGGGAAAGGAGGGCCAGAGAAUGCACUGUGCAGCUUCAGGGGAGUGAGGCAGAGGACUUGGGGGAAAUGGGUGGCUGAGAUUCGAGAGCCCAAUCGUGGGGCUCGGCUUUGGCUGGGCACUUUCAACACCUCAACAGAGGCAGCUCUUGCUUAUGAUGAAGCAGCUCGAAAGCUCUACGGUUCCUCUGCCAAGCUCAACUUGCCAGAUCACAAACCAUCAUCAUCAUCAUCUGCAAAUUCAAGUUGUUCAAGCACUAAGUCCACAUCUGAUCAGUAUAAUAUGAAGGGUGGAUUUGGGGAAUUUGUGAAGGGGGGCUCAAGUGGAAAUGGUUGUGGUAAGUUAGGUGGUGAAGAUUGUUCAGAUUCAUUAAUAUUUGGAGGUGAAGCUUGUUCAGAUUCAUUAAUAUUUGGAGGUUGGAGUAUUGGAGAUGGUUUGUGGGAGAACACUACUACUACUGGUGGUGCUAGUGCUAGUACUGGGACUAAUAGUCCUGUAUUGAGCAGUUGGGCUGGAGUUUGCGGGGAAAAGGAUUUCCUAGAGAUGAAUGACAUAGGAGCUGAUGUUAUGAUGGGGGGAGGAGAUGAAUUUAUAAAUUGGGAUGCUUUGGGACCUCCAUCAUCAUGGACCUAAUAAUAUUGCUGCUAAUAACUUGUACCUAGCCUUAGACCCUUGGUAGGAAUAGGAAGCUUUUUUAUUUUUUUAUUUUUUCUGGUUGGGCUCUGUUUUCAUGUCUGUCAUCUUUAAUGUUAGUGGAUCAAAAAAUAAUGUAAGUCUCUAUUUAUUUU